UGUUUGGAAGAUGGAGAAUGUUCGGGAGAAUGUUUUGGAGACGGUUCAUGCUUGGGAGAAUGUUCUGGUAAAUGUUUGGAAGAAUGUUUUGGAGAAUGUUGAGUUGGUUGUUGACUAGUUUGUUGGGUAGAUUCUUGGGUAGUCUGUUGAGAAGAUAUUAAAGCUUGUUUUGAGCUUUCAGCAACAUUUUCUUUAGACUUUGCCUUUUGCAUGUUUAUCAAAUUACUAUAAAUUUCAAUCUGUUUUUCUGUCAAAAUAUUUUCUUUUAUAUUUUCUUGACUAAUUAAUUUGUUUUCAUUAAUUUCUAAGUGACAAUAGCCUGUAAAUUCAAGAAUAUAAACAUUUUCCAUUUCUCCUUCAUGAAUUGCUGUAUUACACAUAAGUUGGACUAUCUAAAAUUUAAAGUUAAAAAGAAAGUUUGUUGGAUUGUUUUGGGUUGUUUGGGAGAAUGUUUUGAGAAAUGUUCGGGAAAAUGUUUUGAGAAAUGUUCGGGAUGGGGGAAUGUUUUGGGGAAUAGGCAUACUUUGACCAACAUUAGGAUGAAUUAUUCUAUAUCACAAUUAAAGAGUGACAGUUUAUAA